AUUUGAUCACCAUCUUUUUUUCUCAUGGUUGUCCUCUCGUAGGGGUGGGGGCAGAGAAAGGCGAGGCUCUGUUGUCAGAUGUGUCAGUCUAGCCGGCCCGGCCCCUCCCACCUCAGAGAGCAUUACAUACUGCUGCUGCCUGAGCUCUUAGCAACCGUGCCUCGGCAACAGAGCUCCACAGCAACAGCGUGCCGUGUCUCCCCAAUGGAGCUGCCAUUGGGCGGACCAGCGCUCCGGCACUACACCCAGAGCAGACCAAGACCUCAUCGACAAAAACUCAACUAUCGCCCCAGCAGACCACAGGAGACAAUAAUUGAGAGUGACAAUGAAGUCCUUGAGCUCAUGGGGAGAGUGGAUGAAGGAGUUGAAGAGUUCUUUACCAAGAGAGUACUUCCUACUGAUUCACCGACAAAGCAAGAAGAGGAAUUGAUCACAGUGCAUGAAGAAGUGGCUCCUGCCAGCUCUGUCCCUUGUCCACCACCGACAAAAACACUAAGAAGGAAGCUCGGAGACUUCUUUACCCUCAGAAAGAGGCGAGGUCUGAAAUCAGAACCAAGCCAGGAGGGGCGACCCAAAAAGGCCUCCAUUGCUGAUCUCAUCCGCCCGCUCAGGGAGGUCGCCAGAGCCGAAAAAGAAAAAGAUAAAGACCGAGUCAAGGAACACGACAAGGAGAAUGAAAAGGAGAAGGGGAAAGAGACUCCCAGUGCUGUUACUGGAGAUGCCGCUGUUCAGGAGACGACGGGUGCUCCAAUGAGGGGUGAAACUGGGCCUCCCCGCCGAGCUCUCAGAGAGGGGAAGUCCCAGUCUCUCAUUCUGCUGUCUGGAUCAGCUGCAGCAGGGACUACUAAUGCAAGAAACACUUCAAAGAAACAAUUUGAAGGCCAACACAGUUUUGAACAGAAACUCCAUCUUAUGCUUCAACGUAUUGGAGUUUCCAAAGCCCAGCCAGAAGAGACACAGAGUCCGGAGGGAGAAAUGAAAAAAGCAGAAUCUGAAGGUACUAUCAUUGACAGUAAACCUGAGCCACCACCUACUAAACCUCGAACGAUGUCUGCAUCAUCAGACACAAGACAUCAAAUUCGCCCGAGUGUGUCGGCACACGAGUCAGCUGGGAAACCUGCUUUGCUUCCGAAGCCCGUUAUCAGGCCCGGCCCGCCCCCCACAACAUCUGGCCGCAACACACCUGAGAACGAGCUAGCCCAGAUACAGGAAGCAGAGACAAACACACCCACUAAACAGAGUCCAGCUACAGCUCCUGCACUCACUACCACCACCACUCCUACUGCACCGACAAUCUCAAACCCAGUCCCUGACUCAAACGAUUCUACGAGUGCUGAACCCCCCGCCAACACAGAUACAAGCACUGACUCCGCUAACCCCACUGCUGCAGCUACAACACCCACGAAUGUUACAGAGCACGACAGUAAAACUUCUAUCCCUGAAGAAACUACCGCUGAACCACCAACCUCCAUCUCUAAGACAACCGUUACAAGCACCACUCCCCCUGCAGAGCCCCCUGCCACCGCUUCAGUUACUUCCACUUCCUCUGAGUCCGUCAUUCCCAGCCUCUCUGUCACUUCCACCUCAACAACAAUAACUACGCUUUCCAUGACCACCUCUGAAACCGUUUCUGCUCCCAGCAAUGAAAGCUCGGUUUCCACAACAAAUCUGUCAACUACAUCGACUUCUCCCUCAGUAGAUCCUGCUGCUGGUGGUGAUUCAGCUAUUUCUGUCGCCACCACAGCUUAUUCACCCUCCACCAGCACAUCAGAUAUGCCCUCAGGCUUGUCUGCUAAAACGAAUUCAGUGACUGAAGCUAGUGAUGACUCCCCUUCAGUCACCUCUUGCUCUGUUACAUUAGUUUCAUCUGACACUAAAACAACAUCUCCACCUCCAAGUGACACCAUUACAACUGCAGCUUCACCUCUCGCCUCCAUGACCUCUUCCUCCCUCCUGAUUUCUUCUCCCGAUCCUCCUCCCACCAUAUCCACCUCUUCCACCACCACAACAAGCCCUACAUCCACCGACUGCACCAACUCCUCAUCCAUCAUUACUAACCCAGCCACCUCUGACCCCGCUGAUAUAUCCGUUCCCUCCACUUCCUCCAGCGAGACAAACCCCACAGACACCACUUCCACUGCCACCACUUUAUACCGGGCAGACACCAAACCCACCAGUUCAUCUUCCGCAGCUGCAAUUUGCUCCUCACCCAUGACCGACUCUGACCCACCAAACACUAACGACGGCAGCUCUACCCUCACACCUGAUAACGCAAGUGAUGCUUCUCAACAUUUGACUAGUCCAGGUCAAGAUAAUGACUUGCAGACACCUCCUGAGGGAAGAUCCAGUGAAGAGCCUGCAGAAAAGGGCACACAUGGUGAGCUUGAGAUGGUCCAAAAGAGCAAGCAAACUGAGACAGAGGAGUGCAAGACAGUUGUCCACAAUGGGAAGGAGGGCGAGAAUGAAAACCAGGAACCAGCUCUCAAUUCUGACAGCGAGGUGAUAAUAAAAGAAGUGCAGAAAGAAAGUGUCAAACCCGAAGAAGACACAAUGAAAUCAAAAGUAGAAGAACCUGCAUCAGGAAGAGAUGCUGAGCUGUGUAGCGACAAGGGGGAGAAAGAGGAGGAAAAACAAGAUGAAGUUGGGAAGUAAUUUAAAAGUUAAGAAACUGCUAAACACGGGACCAACUACUGUGACGGGGCGACAGAGACCACAGUAAAGAGUCAAGGGGGAGAUGAUCCAUGGCACUUCCUACAGGGACCACCACAUUACAGCAGCACACCACAGAGGGUGGGCCACUGGACCAAAGAACUGAGAUCCCCUUGGUGUGACGUAAUCAACAAAUCCAGCAGUGUCUUUGUCCUUUUUUAACUUUCGUUUGACUUUAUGCAUUGCACGUAUGAUUAUGUACCAUAAGACAACUACUGUGGUAAAAUACACCAUGUUUACAAUAUAUAAAAAAGAGACAUAUGACUAUUAAAUGGAAUAUUGAAUUGA